AUGGGGGCCCGGAGAUACACACGGCUGAGGGCUGCCGCUUUGGCUGGGCAGUCCAGUGCACCGCUAGAUGCACGUUGCUUUGGCAAGCGGAAGAGCUUUGAAAAUAGACCUGAGGCGCUGAGAAAACGAAGUCUGAUAGUUGAAUAUUUGGAAGAGAUCAGGAACUCAAUUGCAGAGCCAACUCCGGAGGCCAACCGGGAUGUCAAGACAGUGCGCCCGUCCAAUCUCCAAAAGAACUGUGACCGGAAGCUCCAGAAGCGCACUGUCAAGAUGUCGUUCCGGCGGCACAGGGGCAAGCGCCCGCGAGCUGCAGCUUCCAUUCAUUGGGGGAGAGCCAGUUCUGAAGACAUGCGGCUGCUACCACCUGGCUUUUUCUCUGAAUACUACCGACUGUUCAUGACCAGGCACCCAACUGAAAAGAUCAGCUUGAAGUUGUUCCUGGCAGCAGCUUUGAUGUGCUCCAUUUGCGAUGUGGAUUUGGUGAGUUUAUCGCCCCUUGGAUUGUGGUUGCUGCAUUGCAUUGAGUUGCGUUUCAACAGCCUAGGCGAGAAAAGUCUGACGAUCAUUUGCGACGGAAUGGACCACAGCAAGUUCAAGUGGCCCCGUGUUGGUUCAAUCUUUGGAUCCAAGGACUUUGCCAGCUUGAAUCGGCCAGUGAUGGACUGCUAUGCAGCCAUCCUUCACGGACAUGGCGUGGUGCUAGCCACAAGCCUGCCUUUUCUCACCCGCAAGGACUCGUCGUUUUGCGCAGAAGUUUUGAACCAUGUGCUCCACCUUUUCUCGCAAUGGUACGACCUUCGUGAGUAUUGCGUCAUAAUACAGUCCGACAACACCAGUCGGGAGAUAAAGAACAAUUGCUUGAAAAGGUGGGGAGGCCUCAUGGUUGGCUUGGGUAGGAAGGACUACCUCCAUGCCAACACCUAUGGGAACCAACUCCGGGGCAUUGGAGGACCCUCAGAUCCCGGUGUUGUCGGAAUCAGCUAUGAGCGGAUGCAGAAAAAGUGCUUACACAAGUACCGGACGACGCACCGCAAGGUGCACAUUGACCGUGCUGCUGCGAAGCUGUGGGCACAGGGAGUCAGAUGGGAAACAGCUCACAAAAUUGUGAGCGAUGCGUUCGAUGCUUGUGUGCAGGAAGCUGCGUGA